AUGAGUUUCCGGCGUGUGGUUCGGCAAAGCAAGUUCCGCCAUGUGUUUGGUCAGGCAGCAAAGGCCGACCAGGCCUAUGAGGACAUCCGGGUAUCCAAGGUCACAUGGGACAGCGCCUUCUGUGCAGUCAACCCCAAAUUUCUAGCCAUUAUUGUGGAGGCUGGAGGUGGAGGUGCCUUCAUUGUUCUGCCUCUGGCCAAGACAGGACGAGUGGAUAAGAACUACCCUCUGGUCACUGGGCACACUGGCCCUGUGCUGGACAUUGACUGGUGCCCUCACAAUGACAACGUCAUCGCCAGUGCCUCAGAUGACACCACUGUCAUGGUAUGGCAGAUUCCAGACUACACCCCUGUGCGAAACAUCACAGAACCUGUCAUCACACUAGAGGGCCACUCCAAGCGUGUGGGCAUCCUGUCUUGGCAUCCUACUGCCAGGAAUGUCCUGCUCAGCGCAGGUGGUGAUAAUGUGAUCAUCGUCUGGAAUGUGGGCACUGGGGAGGUACUGCUGAGCCUGGACGACAUACACCCUGACGUUAUCCACAGCGUGUGUUGGAACAGCAAUGGUAGCCUGCUAGCCACCACCUGCAAGGACAAGACCUUGCGCAUCAUUGACCCCCGGAAGAGUCAAGUGGUUGCGGAGCGAGCCCGGCCUCACGAGGGCGCCCGCCCGCUGCGGGCCGUCUUCACCGCAGACGGGAAGCUGCUCAGCACCGGCUUCAGCAGGAUGAGUGAGCGGCAACUCGCACUCUGGGACCCGAACAACUUCGAAGAGCCAGUGGCCCUGCAGGAGAUGGACACAAGCAACGGGGUGUUACUACCAUUCUACGAUCCUGACUCCAGCAUCGUCUACUUGUGUGGCAAGGGCGACAGUAGCAUUCGGUACUUUGAAAUUACGGAAGAACCACCUUUUGUGCAUUAUCUGAACACAUUUAGCAGCAAAGAACCGCAACGGGGCAUGGGUUUCAUGCCCAAGCGGGGACUGGAUGUCAGCAAAUGUGAAAUUGCCAGGUUCUACAAGCUGCACGAACGAAAGUGUGAACCCAUCGUCAUGACUGUACCACGAAAGUCAGACCUGUUCCAGGAUGACCUAUACCCGGACACGCCUGGCCCCGAGCCAGCCCUAGAAGCUGAUGAGUGGCUAUCGGGUCAGGAUGCAGACCCUGUGCUCAUUUCGCUGAAGGAAGGCUACGUUCCCCCCAAACACCGUGAGCUCCGGGUCACCAAACGCAACAUCCUAGACGUGCGUCCGCCAGCCAGUCCUCGGCGCAGCCAGUCAGCCAUCACCCUUACUCCAUCCCCUGCCUCCUGCUCUCUGCCAUGGUCUCGUCUGUCUUCCACAUGUCAGCAGCAGCACACCCUGGAGACACUGCUGGAGGAGAUCAAGGCCCUCCGAGAGCGGGUGCAAGCCCAAGAGGAGCGCAUUACUGCGUUGGAAAACAUGCUGUGUGAGGUGGUGGACGGCACGGACUAGCACAGCACACGUGCUGCGAAGCGCUGCACACUGCAGACCCAAUGGGGCAGGGCGCACUGACUGGCAGCACCGGCUUUUGGUGUGGGACUCCGCACCCUGCCUCCUGGGGUUGGAAUUAGGGGAGAGAUCAGAAAAGAAACCCCAUCUCCCACAGGAGGCCUGAACACACGGAUCUUAAGUGGCAGGAGGUCCCAGGACUUUGCAGGAUCAGGCCUCGGGGAGAGCCUGGGAUAAUGUGGCCUUAGCAGUGGUGCUUCAUGGUGAGGUGGUGUCCCUCUCUGUCCCUUACCCUGGGCAGGGGAAGUGCUUAGUACUAGCGUGAUGCCUGGGGAUACUGAGGGGCUUAGGCCUAACCUCAUAGGAUGGUGAUUCAACAGAUAUCCCCAAAAUCUCAGGAAACUUCCCACAUUUCUCCUAGUAAGCAGCACCCUGUUUCAGGCCCGGAAGAGCUUAACCUACUGGCUUCAACUGUCAGUCUAUGGCAGAGGGCUCUUCCUAUCUUCCCACUUACAGAGAGGGCAGCUUCUUGGAGACAAACAGACCCCUCCAGAGAAAUCUCAGGAGAACUGGCACAUGGAAGCAGGUUCAAAACACACACACACACACACACACACACACCCUCCAGCACUCUGCUGAAUCUUUUAAAAACACUGAGGCAUAACUAGUGAAAUAUUUCACUAAGUACGAGUCUGUACCUCCUGCACGGAAAGCCAAUAUGCUGCUCCCAUCCCCCAAGGCACCAUGAGGGAACCAGGCCUUGCCCAAACUAGGGGGCACCCCAGUCCCUUUUUGGAAGCCUGAGGAGACCUAGCAAAUGCCAGCUGGACUGAGGACCUACCGGGCAGCUUUUAUCCCAGGUCAUCCAUCUUUGCAUUGAGGUUCCCAAGACCCCACCCACCACCC